AUGGAUGCGGAGUCAGCCCAUGCUCUUUCGCUGCGUCUCUUGCCUGGACUCUUGGUCUUUGCCCAACGGAAGCGAUGGGCAGCUCCUAGACCCAUCACGCCGCGAGAACUAGUCCAAUUUCAGAUCUUAGUAGCCGCGAUGGUUAUCACUGCUACGCCCGGCGCUCAGCCGAUCGCGAGUGCGGCCUCUAGAGACAACAUCCCCCGCCGGGAACCAAACAUCUUCUCAACCCUAAGGAACCUGGAUAAACAGAUGGACAUCUAUGAAAACAGGGACCUCCUGGACCUGGCACGAGAACAAAUUCCGAUGGAACGCAUACGAGCCGAGGCGACUGCGCUCCAACAGUCUGAUAGCCCCUUGGCCUGUGAACAAGACGCGUUGGCGCAAGUUCUAGUCCACUGGUUCAAACAUGAAUACUUCAAAUGGGCCGAUCCCAUCAAAUGUCCCCGAUGUGCUGGCCCAACUAGCGCUUCGGGUAUGGUCCCGCCUACACCGUACGAACGUUCGGGCGGGGCGGGCCGAGUCGAAUUGCAUGUAUGUCGGGGCGAAAAUGGCGCGUGCGACGGAAGCUUUCGGUUCCCCCGAUACAACGAUCUCAAGUAUCUGAUGAGAACGCGUAUCGGAAGAUGUGGGGAAUGGGCGAAUUUGUACACGUUAUUCCUAAGGGCGGUUGGACUCCGCGCACGUUACGGUUCGGGUCCUAUUGCUUCUUUUCAUUAUACCAAACAAUUCUGA